ACUUCCUCCUUGCUCUCGGCGCUCGUCUCGUCUGGAUAAGAGAUGGCAGAGCAGCAGCACAAGAGGGGCUCGCCGCUGGACAGUGAUGGCCGCCUGACCCAGGUCGCCAAGAAGCUCAGGGAGCUGGAGGCCAUUGUACCCAGCUGCGUGGUCAACCAAGAACGAGAAGAACCAGAGGAAGGAGAGGUCAGCCCUGUCGGCGUCAGGAGAGCGGGAGCUGUGGCGCCGGCGGCGACCAUGGAGGACGAGCCGCAGGUCAAGCUGCGGUUCGGCUUGUCCCUGUUCCACUGUCGCGCUUGCCUCCGCCCCCUCAGGCCUCCCACGGUCAAGUGCAGCGCCGGGCACGUCGUCUGCGACGCGUGCCGCGGCAGCCACGCUCUGGCGUUUGCCGGCGCCGCCGCCUUCGCCCCCAGCCCCGACGUGGACGUCUACAUGCGCGGCGCCAGGCUGGCGUGCCCCAACGCGGAGUUCGGCUGCGAGAGCUGCUCCGUCUACUACCAGGCCGGCGAACACGAGCGCGCCUGCCAGUGGGCGCCCUGCCGCUGCCCGGACCUUGGCUGCGACGCCUCCGACUCGCCGGCGAGGCUGGCCGCCCACUUCGCAGCCUGCCACGCCUGGCCCAUCACCGACGUGAGCUACGCGAAGGUGCACAGGAUCGCCCUGCCACGGGAGCGAGCCCUGCACUUCCUUGUGAGCAAGGAGGAUUCGCAGGUGUUCCUCGUGUCCUCGUCCGCGCUCGGCGCCGGCGCGGCGUCCGCGGUGGUGGCGUCGCUGGCGUGCGUGCGGGCGAACGGCGACGCGGCGGCGGGGGCGCCGCUGUUCCGGUGCACGCUCUGGGUGCAGGACGCGCGCGGCGCCGGGAACGUGUCGAGGGUCACGUUCGCGGUGCCGAGCAGCGACCUGUCCGGCGGGUUCGUGGCCGCGGAGCAGAGCAUGUUCCUGGCCGUGCCGCCGCGCCGGACCUCAUGGUCCGCAUCGACAAGGCUGCGUCCGCUGGUGGGAACUCCAUCACUCCACCAGCUUAGGUGCCCGACCUUUGUGUAGCCGCGGGAGAUCUUCUCCGGGUUCAUCACAGUUUGAUAUUGUACCGAGAUCAGCUCGGGAAGAUCAUCCAAACCAAGGAUGCUUUUGCAUUGUACGCUCCCUAGUGGAGAAUUGUGAUUAAGGCUGUGUAAAAU